AUGAAGCCCGUCGUAUCCGUCCUCAACGCCUGGUCCUGCGUGGUCAUCUCCCUCUUCGCCAUCGUCAUUCUCUCCGUUCUGGGCUCGCUAUACAAGAGAGAACACCCCUCCUUCACCGGCUCCGAAGGCGAACCCGAGAAUGGCGCCGCCGUCGCGGCAUCGAUCUUCGCGGCCGUGUUGGUUUAUUGUGCAUUCUUCGUCUUUUGUGCAUUCCAGGCUUAUUUGCAUGUGAGGAGUCGGAGGAGCGGGGCUAUAUCGUUGAGCUAG